GACGGAGCCAGAGCCACCGCACGCGCUCCCGCUCCCGCUCCCGCUCCCGUGUAACCAACCGAACCAGCGAGCCUCGGCCCGCGCCUGCCCGCCUGCCUGUCUGAUCGAUUUGAUCCGCCGGUCCAGUACAGGGAGGGCCAGUUCGAUGGCGGAAGCGGCGGCGGGGAGGAAGACGCGGGUGGGGCCCUACGAGCUGGGCAAGACCAUCGGAGAGGGCAGCUUUGCCAAGGUCAAGCUCGCUCGCCACUCCCGCACCGGCGAUGUCUACGCCAUCAAGGUGCUCGACCGCAACCACGUCCUCCGCCACAAGAUGAUUGAGCAGAUCAAACGGGAGAUUUCGACAAUGAAGCUAAUCAAACAUCCUAAUGUGGUCCAGUUGCAUGAGGUUAUGGCUAGCAAAUCAAAGAUAUACAUGGUUCUUGAAUUUGUUGAUGGAGGCGAGCUAUUCGAUAAGAUCGUUAAUUCUGGGAGGCUAGGAGAAGAUGAAGCAAGGAGAUACUUUCAUCAACUUAUAAAUGCAGUUGAUUAUUGCCAUAGCCGAGGAGUGUACCAUAGAGACCUGAAGCCAGAGAAUCUGCUUCUCGAUUUAAAUGGAUCUCUUAAAGUUUCAGACUUCGGCCUGAGUGCAUUUUCACCACAAACAAAAGAAGAUGGACUUCUGCAUACUGCUUGUGGAACUCCAAACUAUGUUGCACCUGAGGUGCUUGCCGAUAAAGGUUAUGAUGGUAUGGCUGCUGAUGUAUGGUCCUGUGGCAUAAUCUUAUUCGUCCUUAUGGCUGGAUAUUUACCAUUUGAUGACGCCAAUCUAAUGAAGCUAUACACAUUGAUCUGCAAGGCAAAUGUUUCUUGUCCGCCAUGGUUUUCUUCGGGUGCAAAGAAGCUCAUUAAGCGCAUUCUCGAUCCUAAUCCUCAUACGAGGAUAACAAUUGCAGAAAUGUUGGAAGAUGAAUGGUUCAAAAAGGAUUAUAAGCCACCGCAUUUUGAACAAGGUGAAGGUGUUAGCCUUGACGAUGUUGAUGCUGCAUUCAACGAUUCAGAGGAACAUCUUGUGGCGGAAAAAAGAGAAAAACCAGAAUCCAUGAAUGCAUUUGCUCUUAUUUCGAGGUCACAGGGCUUCAACCUUGGAAAUUUGUUUGAGAAGGAGAUGAUGGGGAUGGUAAAGCGGGAAACAUCCUUCACAUCUCAAUGUACACCACAAGAGAUCAUGUCUAAAAUAGAGGAAGCUUGCGGACCACUUGGUUUCAAUGUGCGGAAACAAAAUUAUAAGAUGAAAUUGAAAGGUGACAAGACUGGAAGAAAAGGCCAUUUAUCUGUAGCAACGGAGGUUUUUGAGGUUGCUCCAUCACUUCACAUGGUUGAGCUCCGUAAAACCGGAGGAGACACAUUGGAGUUUCACAAUUUCUACAAGAAUUUCUCAUCAGAAUUGAAAGAUGUAGUGUGGAAAGCUGAAUCUGACGCCAGUAAAAAUCAAACAAGGUGAUGCCAAUGCGAGCUGUAUUUUUCCUUCUGAUGGCACAUUGCUAGACCAUCUCUCUAAUUAAAGAGAGCGCCUUUUGUUGGGCUGUAGUCUGGCCCAUAGGCCCAUAUAUGUACAAUAUAUGUAUGUAUCUCCGAAGGAGUAAGAAGUGAAGUUCCAGAGUUUUUCCAAUACCAAUUGCUAACAUGGUACCAGAGUCUUCUCUGAUUCGGAGGCGAUUCUGGGUACUGUAGCAGCGGCGCACUCGGGCGGGAUCCGCCAGCAUGUGAGCCCGGUGGGCGAAGGCUUGCAGGCACGUGCGCGUGAAGGUCGGCGGCGGUGGCCAGAGCAGGUGCGUCGGGAUUGGGUGCUGUUUGGGCGUUGCGCUCGAGCGGAUUCAGUAGCUGUUGGUUUGUUCUUGUGUGGCUCUAUACUAGAGCUGUUUCUAGAGCAGUUCGAAGAAGGAGCAAGCGCAUAAUUGUUGCUCUUUGCUAGCUGGUGGAGUUACAAGAACUUGGUUCUUCGGGUGGAAUAGAGCAAGCACAAGGAGUAUAGCAGCUAAGCUUGCAGUUCCUUGGUGGUUUGAUAGUGGAAGUUUGAAGGAGGAGAGUAAGGUGGAGCUGUGCACGUGGGAGGUGUGCAGCUGAAGAACAUAGGUGAGGAUUUGUUGCUGUGCUUUUGUGUGCUUGUGGGAAGAGAAGAGAAAAUUGGUGUGUGCUGCUGUGCACAUAGGAUCAUAGCUCAUAGUUUAGUGGUGGCUGGUUUGGUCUGUCCGUGGUGAAGAGGAGAAAUUGCUGCUGAAAUUUGGAGUUGUUGCUCCCAGCUGUUCUUGCUGUUGUGCGCGUGGAAUUUCAGAAGGAUCUGGCUAGUGCUAUCAGGUGUGUGCACGACUGUGUGUGGAGUAGAGUUCGGUAUUGAGUAGGUGAUGAUUAAGGGGAAGUUGAAGUUGGUGAAAACUCCUUUCUGAUUUGAGAAGAGAGAAAAGGUAGAAGAGCUGCUGAUUGCUACUAGCCGAAGUGUUGUACUUGUAAAGUAAUAGGGGAAAAUUAGGGAAUCGAACAAGUGCUUGGCAAAUUGGUUGAGCUACUUAGGAAAUUGUGCCUCACACAGAUAAAAUUCAGAAAUUAGAAUUGAUGCCGAAUGAUAUCAAAUUGGAGGGCAUCAAGAAUUAUUUGGCAUGUUCUAGAAGGGUAUUGUUAUUGUUGAAGGCGAAAAAACUUGAGGGCUUUGUCAACGGAGAGAUGACUGAGCCAGGGGAUAAAUUGAGUAAUGAAUGGAAAAACUGGGACGCUACAAAUUCUUUGGUGGCUACAUGGAUGUUGAGCUCUAUGAUUCCGACUAUUGCGAGCACUGUUGAUACAAUUCAAAGUGCAGCUGAAAUAUGGAAAGCUGUGGAAAAGAUGUAUUCAGGGGUUGGAAAUGUGAUGUUGAUGGUUCAAACAGAAGACCAUCUCCAUGAUCUCAAACAGGAGGAGCGAUCUGUGAUGGAUUAUGUUAUUGAGUUGAAGUGUUUGUGAGCUGAUGUAGACCACUAUGAUUCUAUUGAGCUACCACAUGCUGAUUGUAUGGCUUGGAUGAAAAAAUGGGUAGAAAAAAGAGAGUUCUUUAGUUCUUAAGAGGGCUAGACUCAGAGUUUGAGGGAAGACGUGCUACUAUAUUUCAUCAAACUACUCUCCCUAGCUUAGAGGAGGCCAUAGCUGCCAUGGCACAAGAGGAGUUGAGACUAAAUGUGAUGAGAGAAACUACUUCCUCUCCAUCCCGUCCUAUUUUUGCAGCAACAAUAACUAUUAAGGCAAGAAAAUGUUUUAUUUGUGGUGAUAUAGAGCACUUGAUUCGUGAUUGUCCUAAACCAUUCAAGCACAACCGUGGAAAAGGAAGAGAUAGUAGCAAAGGUGCUUUGAGGGGUGGCAGAGGCCAUGGAGGUAGAGGUGGCUACAAAGCCAAUGUAGUUGGCACAGAAGAGGAGCUUUUCAAAGCAAGGGAGACUUCAUCAGUAGAACUUGAAGAAUCAAAACAACUGAGAGGAAAAGAUGGAAGCUCUGGAGAUCAGGAUCAAGAGGCUCACAGUGGUGAUUUCAUCAACUUUACCUACGUGAAUGAAGGAGAGACGAACAUGAGAUAUCUUGGUAGAGCAACCAGGCGUAGUGGGUUGUGGUACAUGGAUCGUGAAGGAACAAAUGAUGCACUGUGUACUGUCUUAGCAGCAAGAGUGGGAGAGAAGGAAGCUAUUGUGAUGCUUUUGCAUUGUAGAUUGAUGCAUCUUUCUAUUGAUAAAAAUAUGUAAAGUCUUUCCUGAUGUAAUGUGUGGGGUGGAUAAGAACAAACUAUUUUGUGAUGCCUGUGAGUUUGCAAAACAUACAAGGACAUCUUAUGUGAGUUGGGGCAUCGAGAAUGUGUUUCCUUUUGUACUUAUUCAUUCAGAUGUCUGGCA